AUGGCAAGUCUCAAGAAUAUCAUGAAUACUGAGGACGAGCCUGUCAAUCCACAAUCCGAGAGCCGUUCCACUAACCUGACUUCAAGAUCACCCUCUGUCCACAGCUAUGCUACAUCCUUGAACCAUCAGACACACUCCUCUUCUCAUAAUAACCCUCAUGACCCAUCAGGAUCAUCCAAGUCGUCUUCUGUUAUUGAUCACUCAUCACCGACAACAACAACCGAUCUCAACAUGAAUAGCCGACGCCGCCGCAGCAACAUGAGCAUUGACUCAAACGAAACAUCGUAUGCUCCUGCCCAGCAUGCUUCAUCGUCAAACACCCCAAUGAGACCCUUUCCUGCCACAGCGAGCGGCGAGUCGCAUGUCAGGUUGACUCCAAUUACCAGAAAGAUUAGCAAAGCAAAGAAAGGCGUACUGGUUCAUAAUUGCGAUCAGUGUCCGAAGACCUUCUCUAGAGCAGAACACUUGAGACGGCAUCAACUCAGCCAUUCACCCCCUGAUUUGUAUUGCCAUAUCCGUGGUUGUAACAAGAGGUUCCACCGCAAAGACCUUCUUGAUCGGCAUGUUCAGAGACAUGAUCAAGAUGCCAUGGAUAUUAUCGAAUCGGAGCGCCCUUCUACCCAAAGCAGUUCAAAGACACAUGUACUGUCCCCUGCGCAAACUACACGACCGAAGCCUAUCACUUACAACGACCAUCGAACAUUGGCUCCUGUGAACAACUCCAAUAUCCCUGGAGCUUGGCCACCAAUGGCUCCUACCCCCAACUUAAACCACAACUUCAAGACAGAGCCUCCUAUAAACAGACAAGGUGGUUACACAGACAUUCACGUGCUAGGCCCUGAUCUACCAUAUAAUAGUUUCAUGCCGAACAAUCCUGAACAACCAAUAUUGCCAACUCUGCCAGAAAGUACAACUCCGGACCUGCACUGGCAAGGUAGUUCUGCAUCAACAAGCGCCUUCUCAACUCCUCCGAAUAACACGAGAGCUCACCAGUUCUCCGCACCGGCUACGAACGAACCUUGGAUGGCCCCAGUAUCGGCUUACCAGAGCACUCCGAACGAUAUAUCAGGCACGAGUAUUGACCAUGCCACAUAUCCUGGCUCAUAUACAUAUACACCACCAGAGGUCUACACUCCUGUCUUUAGCAUGAGCCUCCCUUUACCUGGAUAUUCCGAAGACACUACUUUCAGUACUGUCGAUCAAAUUCCUUCUUCUACACUGUUCCAUCGCUACGAACUUCAAGCGGGGCUUUCGAUAUGGCCAGCUGCAGCUCUGGGACUUCAGGAGGAAAUGGCUUGUUAA